AUUAAUUAAAACGCUUUUCGCCCGAAUAUUUCUACAGUAGUAUCAUAUUUUCAGUGUUUAUUCCAUGUAGUGCUUGAGAAAUCUAAUAGUUCUGCAGAGUGGCCCAUACCCGGAGAACGUGUGCAAGAGAUGGAGGGAGAGGUGGGUCUCGUGGCCGGCCGCAGUCAGAGAGAGAAGAGGAGAUCCUACAAAGAUCUGUUGAGGGAAGAGGAGGAGAUAGAUGCCCAAGUGCGCAAGACCUCCAAGAAACGACGUGACUCGGAUCCUUUUGCCACAGGAGGCGAACUUCACAAGAAGAAGAAGAGGCUACAUGAGGAGGAACACUUUCACAAAGACAGAGGCCAUGGCCAGGCCAUCCAUCACAAAAAGAAAAAGAAGAAGCCGGUCCCGGAGGGGAGACCCUCCAUGGGCCACUCCUCGACCUUCGCCCCCGCUCCGCACUCGACCGAGACGGCCAUGGACCUGCUGCAGGCCAUCACGUCGCCGCUGGCCACCGGCUCGGACCCCAGCCCCCCUCGCCACCACCAUCAUCAACACCAGAAGCCGCCGCCCCAGCGCCCCACCUACAAGAAGCCCUCGUUCGCCCCGCACUCGCACCACAGCACCCAGCGCAAACAGCGAGACGGCUGGGCCGCGCCGCUCCCCCGGCCCAAACCCGUCAAGAAGAAGCCACUGCUGGUCAGGGAGCCACUGCCUGUGGUGGGCACGGAGGUGGAGCUGGAAGGACACUACGAUGGACCACUGGGGAUCAUGGGGGACAGCUCCUCCUCAGCCGACGAGCUGGAGGCCGGCGAGCUGAUCAUCGACGACUCGUACGCCCAGAUGGCCAAGAAGGCCAAGAAGAGCAAGAAGAGCAAGAAGAAGAAGGAGAAGGAGAAGGAGCGGGAGAAAAAGCACAGCCUGAAGGGGGCCAAGAAGGUGUCCAAAGGAGGCAGCUCUCACUCCAGCAUGGCCAAUGGCAGCGCAGGUUACGGGGCGUACGGAAUGGCGUCCUCCGACUCCCUCAACCACCGGCCGAGCGACAAGAAGAAGAAGAAGGAGGAGAAGGGCCGAGACAAGUCCGACAAGGACAAAGAGAAGAAAAAGAAGAACCUCACAGCAUACCAGAUAUUCUGCAAGGAAUACAGAGCCAGUAUCAACCUGGAACAACCAGGCCUGGAUUUUGGUGAAUUAAGUAAAAAGUUAGCAGAUGCAUGGAAGCAGCUACCAGAAGGAGACAAAGAAGUGUGGAAAGAGCGGGCUCUGUACCUGCAGCACAAGCAGCAGCUGAAGUCGGGCCUGUCCUCCUCCUCAGGCAAAUCUGCCCCCCAGUCUGGAGCAGCUAAAGCAGACAAGCCCAAAGCGGUCAAGAGGGUGGAGAGCAGACCGCACCUCCUACAGUCCAAUGGCAUGACGGCGGAGGCGGAGUCAUCCUCUCCGGGCAGCUUCCCCGAGGUGGACCCCAUCGACGCGGCCGCCCACCUGCAGCUCCUGGGCGAGUCGCUCUCAGUGAUUGGCUGCCGCCUGCAGGAAACUGAGGGCAUGGUGACCGUGUCGGGCAGUCUGUCCGUGCUGCUGGACGCCAUGUUGUGUGCUCUGGGCCCGCUGGCCUGUCUCACCACUCAAGUCCCCGAGCUCAACGGCUGCCCUCAGCACAUACUGUCCAAGACUCUGGACAACAUCGCCUAUGUGAUGCCCGGUUUGUGAAGGCCUCUGGGAGUUCCGCCCCUUACUGCCACUGACCGACUGAAGCUACAGCACGGGAGGAGCGCUGGACGGAUGGAUCAAAACAACACUCUUUCUUUCUUUCUUUAUUUUAACAUUUUAAAUAAGGGAAGACUUGAAGCAUUGCACAGUUUUGCACUGGACAAACGGACACGGACACUCUCUAGUUUUAACCAUGCUCCCAUUUUUAACAUUUGUGACUUUUUGUUUCUUUCAUUUCCAUUUGUUAUAUUUACAAUUAAAGAUAUUUUAGUGAA